GGUGACAAAGUUCCUACAACACCCAUGAUCCAGCCACUGACACAGAAACAUUUUUCAAGGUCAUAUGAUCUCAACAUUCUGGCCUUACACGUGCCUUCCAAAGCUUCAAUCGAUUGGUUGAAGAACUUGAGGGGUGGGAGUUAUCCAUCCAAUUUUUCCAUAACACCAUCUCGGCAAGUGGAGCAUGCUAAAUUAAUUUUGUUAACUAUGGCGCAAGCGGAGUUCGAGAAGAUACUCGAAACAAAGUCUCGAGGAUUUUUUGACGUAUUCAAUUCUCCGCCCAAGAACACUGCUACUUGGGAUGACUUCACCCGUAUUCGAACCCUGGGAAGAGGCGCAUUCGGUCGGGUUUUACUGGUUCGCUAUCGAGAUACAGAGAAGUACUACGCAAUGAAGGUUCUUUCCAAGUUGGAAGUGGUUAAAUCGCGGCAAAUUGACAAUGCUAUAAUGGAGAAACGAAUUUUAGCAGCGUGUAAUGUGAACCAAAUCAUCAAAUUAGCCUACAGCUUUAAAGACAACAGCUAUCUUUACAUGGUAAUGGAGUUUGUUGUGGGCGGAGAGAUGUUCGCACUAUUACGAAACAUGCGUCGAUUUCCUGAGGGUAUGGUCAAGUUUUACGCAGCUCAGGUCCUGCUGGCAUUUGAAUACCUGCAUUACCUUACCAUCACGUAUCGGGAUUUGAAGCCUGAGAAUCUGCUCAUAACUGGCGAGGGCUUUAUCAAAGUUGCAGACCUCGGAUUUGCAAAACUUCUACCCAAGGAUAAGCGCACGUGGACUCUGUGUGGAACUCCGGACUACAUGGCACCGGAGAUAAUCAUGAAUAAGGGAUAUGCUCAUGCAGUGGACUGGUGGGCUUAUGGAGUACUUCUCUACGAAAUGACCACAGGAUUUCCUCCCUUCAUGCAUCAGGAGCAGAUGAAGACAUUUGAGCACAUCAUUUCAGACCUCAUCAAGAAUCUGAUCCAAACUGACCUCUCAAGACGCUUUGGAAAUCUUCGUAAUGGCAUUAUGGACAUCAAGGGGCACGCUUAUUUCAGUGAUGUGGAUUUUAUGGCCAUCUUUAACCAAAGUGUGCGACCGCCAUAUGUGCCGAAGGUGAAGAGUCCUGGUGAUGCGAGCAACUUUGAAAACUACUUGGAUUCCAAUUCAUUUAGAGUGUUGUAA